AUGUCCGCUGAUUUGUUUUACGCCGACUCAGAGGCUCCAAUUGUUUUAUUAUCAGCCAAAAAGCACUUUGACCAAUUGUCAUCUCCUGAUUUGCAAAAGUAUGCCCACCAUUUAUCAAGAGCUUCAUACCAUGGUACGAGGGCUGUUUUAGACUCAGUUUCACCAGAGAGUCCAAUAAUCUACGACUUGAUCUUGCUCAUUCAUGAAAAGUUGGACACACCACGAUCAAAUGAGGAGUACAUUGAUCGAUUGUCUGGAGCGCUUGAAGCACAAGAUGUCACGUAUUACUUGGAAUAUGCUGCUCAGUUUUUGGGCAAUGUGGGUAACUACAAGUCAUUUGGUGAUCGCAAAUUUAUUCCAAGAAUUGACAAAGCUAAAUUCCGCAAAUUGAUUGACAAGAUCAAUGACGAGGAAGUGUCUCAGUUGUACAACAAGGUUGAGGAUCGGAUUUAUGACACUGAACAAGGAUUGUUGGGCUACCCAGACCAAGGUCUCUUGUCAAACUAUUACCCCAAUAGUGGAAACAUCACCAAGGAUGAGAUUGAUGCUGUCAACAAGGCAUUGUCAUCCGCUGGACUCAUGCCAGAAAACACCAGGGUUGUGAAAAACGGCAAGGACAAUUCAUUCACAGUCCUCGUCGCAUCCGUUGACACAACCAAUCUUUACACCGAUUUGAACUUGCAAACGGAUUCCGGCGCAAAGAUCACUUUUGAAUUUGGUGACCAUGCAAGUGACUUUGCCAAAAUUGUCGACGAGUUGGAAAAUGCAUUAAAAUACGUUGCCAACGACACUCAAAAGAAACUCAUUUCUUACUACAUUGAAUCCUUCAAGACUGGAUCAAUGUCGGCACACAAAAAGUCGCAAAUCGAAUGGGUGAAGGAUUUGAAACCCGAAGUUGAAUCAAACAUCGGAUUCAUUGAAACUUACAGGGACCCAGCUGGAGUACGUGGUGAAUGGGAAGGUUUGGUAGCCAUGGUCAAUCAUGAACGUACUGCAAAAUUCUCCCACUUGGUGGAAAAUGCCGGCCAAUUUAUUGAUCAAUUACCAUGGGACAAGUACUACGAAAAGGAUACAUUCACCCCACCCGACUUCACCUCAUUGGAAGUGUUGACUUUUGCCGGAUCGGGUGUCCCUGCCGGUAUCAAUAUCCCCAAUUACGACGACGUGAGAUUGAAUUAUGGUUUCAAGAAUGUGUCUCUUGGAAAUGUCCUCUCUGCAAACCCCAAGAACCCCAAAAAGGAAGAAAUCAUCACUUUUAUCGAGGACCAAGACUUGUUUAAGAAAUGGAGAGAUGAUUCAUUCGAAGUCCAAGUUGGAUUGCACGAGUUGUUGGGUCAUGGUACUGGAAAAUUAUUGCAAGAGACCGAACCGGGUAAAUUCAACUUUGAAAAAGACCCCAAUCACAAUAUAGAUACAUACUACAAGCCAAAUGAAACAUGGGCAGGUGUAUUUGGUGCCAAUAGUGGAUCAUAUGAAGAAUGUCGUGCUGAGUUGGUGGCUUUGUACUUGAUUCUCAAAAACCCAACCAAAGUCUUGCCAAUCUUUGGAAUAGAGUCAGAACAGGAUCAAGAAGCUGUCACCUACAUUGCUAGUUUGUUGAUGAUUCGUGCUGGUUUGGUAGGAUUGGAGUUCUGGGACCCCGAGGCAAAGAAAUGGGGCCAACCACAUAUGCAAGGGCGUUUUGCCAUUAUGAAGCAAUUGCAUAAAGCGGGCGUGUUUGAGUUUGAGCAUUCUGCUCCAGACUACUCCGACUUGAAGAUUGUUGUUGACAAAUCCAAGCUUCACGAUGGUACUGCUGUUGAUGCUCUUGGUGAAUUCUUGGGCAGCUUGCACGUUUACAAAUCGACAGCUAAUGUGACUGCUGGGUUAAAGUAUUACAUUGAAAAGAGCAAUGUUGAAGAUGAGUAUGCCAAGUUUAGAGAUAUCGUAAUCAAGGAAAAGAAACCAAGAAAGAUUUUGAUCCAAGCUAAUACUGUCUUGAAAGAGGGCGGCAGUGUUGAGUUGAUCGAAUAUGAGGAAAGUGAAACCGGUAUGAUUCAAAGUUAUUACGAUAGAAAAGUAUAG